GCGUGCGUGGCCAGAUCCGAUCCACAUUGGUACUGAGGCGACGGUGACACGUCAAACAUCCACGGAGCGCAAGGAAGGUUUUGACCCAAAGGUGCACGAGGGCUCUUUACGCUCCACCUUCUUUUUUUUACGCACAAGACGCACGCAGACCCGGUGAAUCCGUCACGGUGGGUUAGUUAGAGAGUCUGUGGAAUCGAGCCUUUUUUAUUUAUUUAUUAUUUCUACGUUGGAAGUGCGACAGCGACCCGCGCUGGAGGCUGCGGUCGAAUCCAGGGCAUCCUGCUCUUUCCACCAUUCAUCCAUCUGUCCCAACAUCCGCAAGCUCCAGCGGGAGGCCGGGGAGCGGCGACAGGAUGUAGCGGCGGAUUAACGGAGGAGAUAGGGGCGCUCAGAGGAAGAGAGCUGGACCGGGUGGACCGGGGCGGGACGGAGGGGACAUGGGGAAGGACCAGGAGCUGCUCCAGGCCGUGAAGACCGAGGACCUGCUGACAGCUCAGCGGCUCCUACAGAGACCACGGCCAGGAAAAGCCAAGCUUCUUGGUGCAGCAAAGAGGGUUAAUGUCAACAUCCAGGAUGCAGACGGGCUGUCACCGCUGCACCAUGCUGCCCUGAGUGGGAACAAGGAGCUGAUCUCUCUGCUGUUGGAGGCUCAGGCAGCUGUGGAUAUCAAAGAUAAUAAAGGAAUGCGUCCUCUGCAUUACGCUGCAUGGCAGGGGAAGACUGAACCCAUGAAAAUGCUGCUGAAAGCAGGCUCAUCAGUCAACGGACAGUCAGAUGAAGGACAGAUCCCGCUCCACCUGUCAGCACAGCAUGGACACUAUGAUGGGUCAGAAAUGUUGCUACAACACCAGUCCAACCCAUGUAUCUCAGAUACAGCUGGGAAAACCCCCCUGGACCUGGCAUGUGAAUUUGGACGGGUUGCAGUGGUGCAGCUCCUGCUCAGCAGUAACAUGUGUGCAGCCAUGUUAGAGCCGAAACCCUCUGACCCAAACGGAGUCUCCCCUCUGCAUCUCGCUGCUAAGAAUGGACACAUCGACGUCAUACGGUUGUUGAUCCAGGCUGGUAUAGACAUCAACAGGCAGUCAGAGUGUGGCACUGCCCUACAUCAGGCUGCCCUCUGUGGGAAGACAGAGGUGGUGCGGCUGCUGCUGGAUAGCGGCAUCAGUGCAGGAGUGAGAAACACUCUGAGCCAAACUGCCUUGGACAUUGUUAACCAGUUUACCACCACACAGGCCAGCCGGGAAAUUAAACAGUUACUGAGAGAUGCUUCGGCUGCUAUGCAGGUCCGUGCACUGAAGGAUUACUGCAAUAACUAUGACCUGACCAGCCUCAACAUCAAAGCUGGAGACAUUAUCACGGUGUUGGAGCAGCACUCUGACGGUCGAUGGAAAGGCUGCAUUCAUGAUAACCGCACCGGGAACGACCGUGUGGGAUACUUCCCAUCCAACAUCGUGGAGGUCAUCAAGAGGGCAGGCCACUCCCCCUCCCAGCAGUGCCACACCCUCCUCCUCCGCCGGCCCAACCCCUGCCCCAUUGCUUCGGCCAACGGACACCCAUACCCCCCCUCCAAAGUCCUCCCCCUGCAUCUGCAUCUGCCUCCCCCUCCUCCCCUCCAUUCCAGCACACAGCCCCUAACCCGCUUCUCCUCGUUCGGGUAUGUUCCUCUUCCCAUCUCUCCUCCUUCUCUGUCCACUCCUCCUCUGUCCUCUUCUCCUCCUAUCUCCACUCCUCAGGAGCAGCAGAGUCAGACAGGUUCACGGACUGCAGAGCUGAGUCCGCAGGGUUCUCCCACUUUAGGGCAUCAGAGCAGCACCAGCGAGGACAUCUGGGUACUGCGCAAACCAGUGGCAGGUGCAGAGCGGAGUGGAAGUGUGUGCAGCCUUGGCAGCGUUCGCUCCUCCAGCAGCCUGCAGGGAUCUGGAAACACCCACGUUCUGACCACACCGGCCCCCAGCCCGCUCCCAGCCCCCACGCCGGGACUCAACACUCACGGCCUCAAUGCUCCGGGGUUGCAUGCACAAUCUGAGGGGGUCAAGCUCCUGGCCACUGUGCUGUCUCAGUCGGUGAAAGCAAAGGAGCAUCUCUUGGAGCAGUCGCAGUCUGUGGAGCAGUCAGCAAGCUCCUCCAGUCGCACAGUCCAUGAGCAGCGAUCUUUUGAGCGCAAGGCCGAGGAGGAUGAUGGGAAAAAGCAGGCAGUGGUGACGUGGCUGGGAGAGUUUCAGCUGCAGUUCUACACCACUCACUUCCUCACAGCAGGAUAUGAUCUAGACACCAUUAGCCACAUGACCCCUGAGGACCUGACAGCGAUCGGCGUCAUGAAGCCUGGACACAGAAAGAAACUACUGACAGAAAUCAGCAAGCUUCCCUCCACAGACUGGCUGCCUGAUCACAAGCCUGCCAACCUGGCGGACUGGCUGUCGCACCUUGGUCUAAGCCAAUACUAUCAAGUUCUGGUCCAGAAUGGGUAUGAAAACAUUGACUUUGUUUCAGACAUCAGCCUUGAAGACCUGCAAGAGAUUGGCAUCUCUAAGCUUGGACAUCAGAAGAAAAUGAUGUUGGGAGUAAAAAGACUGAAGGAGCUACAAAGAGGAGAAAGUGGCUCUGAACCUCCUCAGAGUCCCACUUCAGCUCCUUCCAGCCCAGCAAGGAGCACCUCCUUGGAGUCCCGAAGAGAGGCAAUGAAGCUGAGGGAGGGCACUGCUAGCCCCUUGGCCAAACCUCGCCCAGGUCUCCCAACUUCACAGACGCCUCCCCACACACCCACUCAGACGCCGCCACAAACCCCUCCACAUGCCCGAAACCAGCAGGCCUCCCCGAGAGCUCGCCCUCGGCCGUCCACCCAGACUUCCAACGCUGAUACACCUGUGCCGCUACUGCGGCUGCCAUGUGAGGAAGAGGAACGGCGGAGGACGCACAGCCUUAUCGGCUCAGAAUCUGACUCCCGUUAUGCAACCGUGUGCCGAAGCAGCUCCACGCACACCACUGGCCCUAAUGAUGUCACUGUUAACCGCAGCCAGUCAUCCGUCACCCUGCGUCCUCGUCGAAAAGGUCGGCCUCCUACACCUCCAAAGCGUUCCUGUUCUUCCAUCACCGGCGGUGAUGGUGAAGUUGAAGGACAAGGGGUGGGGCUUUUGGGGCUGCCGACGUAUCGAGAGAGGCGAGCGAGUGACUGCGGCAGCUUGGGAGCAGCUUUAAGGGCUCAGGAGUCUACAGGCCUUCAGAGAUCAGAGGGGGGUUCUGGGAGUGUUCGCAGCCUCGCUGCCAUGCUGGAAACAUCUAUGGUGCCAAGGAAUGUGGGAAGUGGCACUAACUUCCUGCAGGCGAGUCCUCCUCUGCUCCGCCGGCAGGCACGAGCUGGAGGUCUAGGAGCAUCCGAGGACGAUGUCUCAAAUCGCUGCAGGACUAUCAGUGGUCUUGAAAGCCUCCCUGAUGAGCAUUCUGACCAGUUACCUCAGCAACCAGUACAGCAACGUCCAGAGCCACGACCUCGCUCCAUUGUGGUCACCUCAGCAUCAGAGAUCAACAAUGGAACAGCGACCCUCAGGAGGAAACAACGUCCUCCAUCAACAGACUCUGAAGCCCCCUCAUCAAUGGCUACUACUGUGGUCACCAUGACAACCGGCUCGGAAACAAUACGAAGGCGGCCACGUACGACAGAGCAAACUGAUUCUGUCACUUGCAGGAAUAAUCAAUCAAACUCCCCAGACGGCACUAGGAAAAAGGUGGAUGAACCGCAGCAGAAUGGCGGCGUGGUGCUGAGACGGAGGCCAGCAUCUGAGGUCUCAGAGAAGACAGACACCAGCAGGGAGACAUGUGAGUGGAUGGAAGCCAGGAAGUCCCUGAAGCCACCGGUCUCACCCAAACCUUCCUCAGUAGUCCUGAGAAAGACUCAGGCAGACCCACCAACUCCGACCCGAAGAGUCCCCAUUCCUGGACCUGAAAACACUGAGCCAGCACAGAGCCCUGAGUCAAAGCGUGUCCCACCUCCUGUAUCCCCAAAACCCCGUGGGCCUCCAACGGCGCCCAAACCUGGUAAAGCAGUUGCGUCUUCAGCUGCAAUGAGCCCAAGCCCUGUUGCUACUAGCCCGGCUGCAACCAGUCCAACUCCGGCGCCCAGACCCUCCUCUCCGUUGGCAGCUGCCCCUAUUCCAGCUCCUGACACCCCCUCUGCUCCAUCUCUCUCUCCUGGACUCCCUCUCACUUCCACCUCUCCAGCCCAGAGUCCCUCCACUCCGUCUCCACACCCUGUCAAACCUCCCCGCUCCUCCAUCGCUGGCCUCUCCAUUGACUUGACGGGAGUACGGGAGGCUGAGGAGGAAGAGGAGAGGAGAAGAGAGAGGGAGCAUCAGAGGAAAGCAGAAGAAGAGGAGGAGCAGAGGAAGAGAGCAGAGGAUGGGAACCAGAGAGAGCUGGAUAGGAAGCCUUUGAGGAGAGAAGAAGCAAAAGAGGAGAGCCAGGAGACGGAAGCAGGGCAAGAAGAGACAAUUCAGCAUCGUUUGGAGGAGACCAGCGCCUCCUUGGCUGCAGCUCUGCAGACUGUGGAGCAUAAAAUCAAAGAGGAGGACAGGCCAAACGACAAAAAAGCAACAGUCUCCAUCCUGGACGACAUUGGCAGCAUGUUUGAUGAUUUGGCAGACCAGCUGGACGCCAUGCUGGACUGAUCUUCUGUCCACAUACUCUGCAUUCCAACAAGGUCUUUUCCCCUCAUCACCUGUAGGUUGACGAAGAAAUCUUCCCCAAGGCUACGUGCCGCUGUUUUUCACACUGCAAAUUUAAGUGUGUCCCUCGUUCUGUUGGCAAGAACUUCCGAAGUAACCUCCAGAGGUACUGCGGAGGGGGAUUUAUGUUUCUGCUGCGAGGACGCUGCUCCCAACACAACCGCUGACCUCUGCAGCCCAAAAAGCGAUGCCUCCACCCAGCCUAACACGGCAGCGUGGACCGACAAGCACAAUCACUUCGCGUAUCCUUUUAUCUGUGCAAUCUGACUUGGACCAGCCUGCAAGGACAGACUCUGAGAUGAACAGAUAUUACCUACAAAGCUGAGCACAUAAAUAUUCUGACAGGCAGAUAGAAAACCUGGUAGAAAACAUUGGGAUGUUUUUUUGGGUUUUUUUUGUUUGUUUUUUUCAAAAAGCACACAGAAUGACAGGCCGCUGUCUGACGACUCCAACCAGAGUAGAGAACUGCCCUUUUUCUCCAGAUGAAUUGUAGCCUCUCUUCCUCCUCUGUGUGAGUGGAGGAUUCCCGUCCCGCGUGUCCUCUCUGUUCACGUCGUUGUUGGUGCCGUUGCUGUUAUCGCUGGCUUUGUUGUUGUUUCAAGUGUGCGUUGUCCCUGCUUUAUAUGCUUCCGUCAGUUUCCUCUUUUUCCCACCCCGAUCUAUCAAACCAACCAAACACAUCCGUAUCCAUGAAUUUCUAAGAAUGCAGACAAGCACAUGUACGCACACACACAUAUAUACACCGGUGGAACUUACAUUGGUUUAAAUAUUUCUGGUGUUGUUGGUGUUUAUCUAUCAUGUGUGGAAGGACUGUUUGGAAAUGAUUCAUGGGGAAUACAUGCAAAGACACAUGCACCCAUGUGGUAUAUCCCUUUGUCCUGCAGCAGUGAACAGUGUUUUCAGAAAAUACUCCUAUAUUUCAAUGCUUUAUAUAGUACAUACAGUAAAAAAAAAGACUCAGAGUUUAAAGUAGAUCUGGAUAUUUGAGCUGUUAGAGCUCCCUCUAUUGUUGGUUAGUGAAGCUGCCCUUAAUUUCCCCAACUUCUUUCUCUUCUUCCCUAUAUUAUUUUAAAUCUAUGUCUAAUUUGGAAAAACUGCAAAUCUCUGUGCCUUCUUACUCUACUUUAUAUAUUCUUUAAUUUUGUUUUGUUUUGAUUGCUGUCUACUAAAAAUGUUGAUGGUCCCUUUAAACCCCCUCUGUGUCCGUUUUGUAAGAAAGUAGCUUCUCAGUUGAUCUGUCAGUCCUCUACAACUACUAAAAUGAAAUCCUCCCCGUAUGCAGCCCUCUAUAAGCUCUGUAAGCUGUGAUAAGUUGGCUCCACUCUUCCAAGAGUUCCUUGUUUUCAGUGAUCUCCCCCAGACCAGCUUUCAUCCCAGUGAAGUCCACUUGUAUUUUUAUGCUCUUUGAAAACAGAGAUAUAUUUGAGAGACAGUUCUAUGUGAAUAAUAAAACUAUUAAUGAUAAUAAUAAUGAUGAUGAUGAUGAUCACAAUGAUGUUAAACAUUGAAUGGAGCUGAGCUGAUUUGAGCCUGUGUAUUUAUGGUUGAGUUCAGGAUGUGAUGUGACGGCUGUUGUGUCAUGGUUGGGUUUAGUUGGGUGUUUCUGCUGUGACGAUGCAUUCCUGUACAUCUGUCAUCAGAAUAAAUGUAUAAAUUAAACCAAA